AGCUAUUCUAGCAAAUUAGAAGCUUCCAAAAAAAAUUAUACCAAAUUAGAAAGCAUAUUAAUCCAACUCGUAGGUGAGAUGAUGACGUCUCAGCUUUAUGCCCCAUCCUUCUCUCUCUUACCAAAAUCGUCCAUUAACCCUAAUCAUCUGAUUAAGGAUGGUAGCCCCUCCCUGAUCAGCAUCGUUCCGCGCCACCAUGUCCAUCAAAAUCGUAAUAAGAAAAAAUCCUCAUCCUUGGUGAUCCGUGCCACUUCUGGUGAGCUCAAAUCAUCACCUGCAUCAGUGUUCACGGUUACUUCAACGGAGAAUCAGGCGUUUACGGUAAAGGCUUUGGUGACGGUGACGGUAACAGCUGGAGGGUCCAGCAUACGCUUGAAUCGUCCCCCCGAUGACAAUAUCGACUUGCUUCGAAAAACCUUGCUUUUGGAGCUUGUUGGCGCCGAGCUUGACCCCACAAAAAGUGAUCAAACGAAUGAAUUUUGGAGUGAUUCCAAGUGGAAGAUGUUCGUGAGUCUUUCAAGAUGAUUAUAUCGAAAUUCCAGAUUUUUCUACCAAGCCGUUUGACCGUGGUGACGAAAUAAAGGCCCAGCGCGCAGCUUUCCCAAAUUGACGUUUCUGGAUAUUUUGGGUAUUUUGGAGGUCAAGAUGGGAUAUUUUGAGGAAGAUUCCUUCUGAGGAUUUGUAGGGGACGUCUCAAGCUUUAAAAAGAGACAUUUUGAGAUCAAAUCGGAGUUAAUUUGGUUGGUCAAAAGUGUGAUUUUCUGAGAAAUCCGAAUUUUAGUUCAAAUAGGAAACCUUUUAUUUUCUGUUUUAUUAUUUUAUUAUGUUUCAUAGUUUUAUUCUAAGACUUUUUAGGGUUUUAUUUUGUAGUAGUAUAAAUAAGACUUUUUAGCAGUUAGGAAAAAAGAAGAGAAGGAGAGGAGAGGAAACGCACAACUUCUGGAUUCAAGUUUAUUUUCUAGGUGUUUUCUAUCCUUAUUUUUAAUAAUAUUUUGUUUUAUGGUUGUUCGUAACUAAUUUCCGUUUGCUAGGGUGAAGCAUUGAGCCUUAGCAUGAAUAUGUAGUCUUUAUUCAA